AUGAUGAUUGAGCGUAGAUUGUCUUACAAUGAAUUGGUUGGGAGGAUUUGUGAAAGAGCUGGGUGGGAUGAAGAGAUUGAGAAAUUGAACAUGUCACUAUUGUUUGAUAGUAGUGGUAACGGGUCAAGGGCAUGGAACCCGACAGGCAAGGCGCAUGGUAGUGUUUCACGCCAAAUAAGGACAAGUACUUCUCGGUCCAAUGAUGAAGCGGGACUAGUCGGGAUUGGUCGUUGUUUCAAAAUCUGGCUAAUGAGCAUUGUAUGGAAGACCACAGUGAUCCGGGCUAUGAGGACCCGGCUAAUGAGGAUUUUGUGUAUUACAGUAAUCCGAAUGAUUUGGACUACACAUUAG